AAGUCAUCAAUAUGCCAUUACAUUGCAUCGCCAAGAGCGGUGCUAAUCCUCAGAAGCUGCAGACUGCAUUAGAUUGGGCUUGCGGGGUGGGAAAGGCUGAUUGGUCGCCUUUGCAACCGGGACAACCAUGCUAUGAACCAAACAACGUGUUUGUGCAUGCAAGUUAUGCUUUUGACGCUUACUAUCAUCAGAUGGGGAAGACCAAGGAGGCCUGCGAUUUCAAUGGGGUGGCUGCAUUUACCACUGCAGAUUUAAGUCAUGGUUCCUGUAAGUUACCAGGAAGCCUGUAGGAAUGGGUGCUUUGCACUGCCUCGUCUAUGAACUCCACAACACCACCUUCCUACAGGACUCACAGAAUGGGGCUUUUGAUAAGUAUGUUAACAGUUAUCAGAGAAUUUGUCUGCAGUGUUAUCUUCCUGUUGAGAGGAAUAAAAUGUUUCUUUGAUAAUUAA